AUGGAAGGGAGCUCCGAGGAUGAGGAUUCCGAUGCGUCGGAGAAGUCGGCGGAGUCGAAGGAGGAGAAGCCCGAUGGUCGUGAGAACGGUGGUGACGCGAGGCUGGUCCAGGUUGGAUCGGAGACUAGAGACGAGUUGGUUCUCAACGCGAGUAAAUUCCAUCAAAAGUUGGGCCAAGUGGCUUCGCAAGUUUACGGUUCCUCGAGCAUUCGCCCUCCUGAAGGGGUGGAUUUGGAUGAGCUGUUGAGGAAGCUUGAAGGGCCGGAAGAGUGUGGAGAGGAUGUACAUCGAUGUGUUGAAGCUGUGGGGCAAUGGGCGGAGGAGGUUGAGCGGUUGCUGAAGACAGAGAAGGAACAUGCGGCGGCCAUUGGGCCUCACCCGAUGGCGGAGAUCCUCUUUUGGAGGGACCGGAGUGAGAGGCUGUCGAGCUUGUUCGAGCAACUGCAACUUGGACGCUGCCAGAAGGUAAUUGAGAUUGUGGAGAAAUAUCUGGUCGCUGGAUCCAGAACAGGGGAGAUGGAGUCGGCUGGCAGAGCAUUCAGAUGGUUUAAAGAGGAGCAAUCGGCAUUGCACAAGUUGCAUGUGGAAGCCAAGGACAAUGUGAGGUUCCUGAUGACUUUGGAGCGGCAUCUGAAGAAGUUGACUAAUGGUGGUAUGGCUGAGAUUGCCGAGAUGCUGCCGAAUUUGAUGAAUGCUCUCAGGAUGGUGUGGGUUGUCAGCAGGUAA